UAAUCCUCUGCAUUUGAGCACGUUGCUGCAUUAAUUUCAUACACCCCCACCAUUUUCCUUUCAACUCUGUAAACGAUCCAAACAACAGAUCUCCCACACUAAAAAGUUUCAAUCUUUACUUCAAAAAUCUUGUAAAUUAACCUCCAAAUCACCAUGUACAACCACAAGCUUAGCUCAAGAACCCUUCUUCUCCCCGCAAUUCUACUCCUCCUCCUCACUUCCGCAGCAGUUUUUUCAGAAAUCGAAGACGCUGAUGAUCUGGGAGACAUUGAUGAACUCAUCGCAAUAGACGAUGAGCAAGAAAACGGAGCAAAUUCGGAGCCCGCAACUGCGAAUUUUGAAACUGGGAAGAAAUCGGAGGUGUUGAGCAGAGCUCAGAGAGUAGUGCUUGAGCUCAACACCGACGGCCCGAAGAGGACAAUUGAGGAGAAUGAGUACGUGUUGGUUUUGGGGUACGCGCCGUGGUGCGGCAGAAGUGCUGAAUUGAUGCCGAGGUUUGCUGAGGCUGCGAAUGUGCUCAAGGGUUUAGGGAGUAGGGUUUUGCUGGCCAAGAUUGAUGGCGACAGGUACUCCAAGGCGGCUGCGAGUAUUGAGAUUAAAGGGUUCCCAACUCUGUUGCUGUUUGCCAAUGGCACCUCUCGGCCUUACACCGGUGGAUUUUCAUCGGAAGAAAUAGUGUUAUGGACAAGGAAGAAGACAGGGGCGCCUGUUAUUGGAAUACGCUCAGUAGCUGAUGCGAAUGAAUACCUGAAGCAGCACUCUACAUAUGCAGUUGGGCUAUUUGAUAAAUUUGAGGGGCCUGAUUAUGGGGAGUUCGUAAAAGCUGCUGUUGCUGACAAUGAAGUCCAAUUUAUAGAAACAAGCAGCGCUGAGAUAGCCAAAGUAUUAUACCCUGUUGGCACGCUGACUAAACCUUUCUUUGGUCUUGUGAAAAGCGAACCAGAGCAUUACACAUCGUUUGACGGACAUUUCAGUUCAGACGAAAUCUUGCAUUUUUUGGAGAACAACAAGUUCCCGUUGGUUACUGUAAUGACUGAGCUGAACUCUGCUAAAGUAUACUCCAGCACGAACAAGCUACAGGUGUAUGUCUUCGCUGAGGAUGACGACUUGCAAAAGUUUCUUAAGCCAUUACAAGAAAUUGCGAAGAAGUUCAAGUCACAGAUGAUGUUUGUAGCUGUAGAUAUUAAAGAGGAUAACCUCGCGAAGCCCUUCCUGUCUUUAUUUAGUCUAGAAGACUCGGAGGAUUCUGUGGUUGUUUCUUUUGACUACAACAGCAACUCGAAGUAUCUGCUGGAAUCAGAUAUAACAUCAAGAAAUAUUGAAGAAUUCUGUACCGGCCUCGUGCAAGGAACAUUGAAACCAUACUUCAAGUCACAAACAAUUCCUGAUAAUAAAAACGCCAACAUUCUGACUGUAGUGGGAAAGACAUUUGAUGAGUUGGUCCUUAACAAUCCUGCAAACAUAGUUCUGGAGGUCCACACGCCGUGGUGCAUCACCUGCGAAACCACGAGCAAGCAUGUCCAGAAACUGGCAAAGCACUUCAAGGGGUUGGAUAAUCUGGUCUUUGCAAGGAUAGAUGCUUCAACUAAUGAACAUCCAAAAUUGCAGGUUGAGGACUAUCCAACUCUACUCUUCUACCCUGCAAACGACAAGUCAAACCCGACCACGCUCUCCACAAAGUCCAACUUGAAGGACUUAGCUGCACUUAUCAACAAAAUUUUGAAAACUCAAGAAGACGCGACCAAGGAUGAAUUGUAGUUCGACAUACAUUGUUGGAAGCCGAUUUGCCUCCAGAGUUAUACGACGGACAAAACCCAGAGAUGAUGUUUGUAGAUGGAAACGAUUUGUGAGCUUAUACUGCAUAGAAACAACCUAUAUAUUUAUAUCUAUAAAAUUUAGUUUGUAACAAGUCCAAUGAUAGCAAGAGGGUAGUUGGACAUACAUUAACUCUUGAUUUUAGUACUUAUGUCAUCAAGAACAUAAAAA